GGUCAAUGCUGCAAUGGUAGGAGUGUCGCUUGCUGAACUCUUUCCUUACUGUUGUGUCAUGGUUUGCUUGCAAAGGCAGCCGUAAGACCCAUUAAGUCCCAACACCAACGCAGCCUAGCCGAGGAUGAGGUUCGGCCAGCAACUUCGCAGUUCGCUGAUCAAGGACUGGUAUUACUACUACAUCUCCUACGAUGAGCUCAAGAAGAGCUUACGCACCGAUUUCGCCCAUACGCCAGCGAUAGCGCAGGCCCACAACAAGAGAAAGCCGUGGUCGGAAGAGGAUGAACAGCGCUUCGUCAAUCAGCUCGAGGAGGAGCUGGACAAGGUCUUCACCUUUCAAAAAGUGAAGAGCCAAGAGAUUGUGCGUCGCAUCAAUGCUACGGAGAAGGAGGUCAACGAAGCUAUCGAACGCACCCGGGCUGCGGAGCAGGAUGAGCGAGCCAAAGCCAACGCACCCACGGAGGAGGAGUACAUGUUGCUGGAGGAGGACCUCUCAGACAUCAUCGCGGACGUCCACGAUCUUGCCAAGUUCACGCAGCUCAACUAUACUGGAUUCCAGAAGAUUAUCAAGAAGCAUGACAAGCAGACCCAUUGGCAUCUGAAGCCUGUCUUUGCAGCCAGACUGAACGCGAGGCCGUUCUUCAAAGACGACUACGAUGUAACAGUCGUCAACCUCUCGAAGCUUUACGACCAAGUCCGGACAAGAGGCAACCCUAUCAAAGGCGACUCAUCCGCAGGUGGCAAGCAGCAGAACUUUGUCCGGCAAACAACCAAAUAUUGGGUUCAUCCAGAUAACAUCACCGAACUUAAACUCAUCAUCUUGAAGCAUCUGCCAGUGCUGGUAUUCAACCCAAGCAAGGAGUUCGAGAAGAAAGACUCCGCCAUUUCUUCCAUCUACUAUGACAACACCGACACCUGGGAGUUGUACGAAGGCCGCUUGAAGAAGACCGAAGGCGCCGAAGCUAUUCGUCUCCGCUGGUAUGGCGGCAUGGAGACCGACACCAUUUUUGUGGAACGGAAGACGCAUCGCGAGGAUUGGACUGGCGAGAAGUCGGUCAAAGCUCGUUUCUCGCUGAAGGAGAAGAAUGUCAAUGCCUUCUUGCGCGGUGACAUGACUACUGAGCAGGUUUUCGAGAAGGCGCGGCGGGAGGGUAAGAAGAGCGAGGCGGAGAUCAAUGACCUUGAGCAGCUUGCCAAAGAGAUCCAAUUCCGGGUGAUUGACCGUAAACUCGUGCCUGUUGUGCGCUCGUUCUACAACCGAACGGCCUUCCAGCUACCGGGUGACGCACGCGUGCGUGUCUCGCUUGAUACCGAGCUUACGAUGGUACGGGAGGAUAACAUGGACGGUAGACGACGAGCGGGCGACAACUGGCGUCGGAUGGACAUCGGCAUUGACUAUCCCUUCUCACAAUUGCCGCCGGAAGACGUCGAGCGCUUCCCGUACGGCGUGCUCGAAGUCAAGCUUCAGACGGCAGCUGGACAAGAGCCGCCCGAAUGGAUCCGAGAGCUGACCGCGUCGCAUUUGGUUGAGGCCGUGCCGAAGUUCUCAAAGUUCAUUCACGGUUGCGCUACGAUGUUUCCAACCCGUAUCAAUCUUUUGCCGUUCUGGAUGCCGCAGAUGGACGUCGAUAUCCGGAAGCCGAUUACGCACCACUUCGGCCUAGAUCGUCCCGGGCACAGUACAGAUGCAAGUACCAGUACUGCCAUGGAAGAUGAUACUGAUGACGAACUCGAAAAUGAUGAGGAUGAGGCGGCGGUAGCCGGAGACGAGAACAUCCGUAGACUCCGUGCUGCGCGCGACGCAAUGGAGCAGCAUGAGUCUGAACGCGCGAUGGAGCACGUCAAUGGUAACGGCAACAUCAUGGACGAAGAGGAACGCAUGGCACAUAAGCCAAUCGCGCAUAUCGACGACGAUUACCCUCUGUACGAUUCGGACGAUGAGGAAGAAGCGCUCGCAGAGGCAAAACGUGUAGGAGGUUGGACGUACCGCUGGAAGCUGCUCCGCAGGCAUGCAGUGAUGGCUGGCGACAAGAUGCUUGAUUUACUAAAGGCAGCGACGCCGGCACCGAGACCUACAGACAUACCACCAGCAGAAGGUCGCAUGGGUAUUCCACGUGGCAAAGGCGUGUCUGAGAAGCGCUUCAAGGCGCCGCCGGGUAAGAAGAUCCACGUGCCCGUGCGUGUGGAACCGAAGGUGUCAUUUGCUGCUGAGAGGACGUUCUUGGCUUGGCUCGAGUUCUCCAUCAUCCUCGGCUCAAUCGCAGCGACUCUGCUCAACUUCGGCGACAACAUCUCGCUCGCUUCCGCCUGGGCCUUCACUAUCGUGGCCGUUAUCGCAUUGUUCUACAGCAUGGGCCUGUACGUCUGGCGCGUCAGCAAUAUCAAGCGGAGACGGGCGGUCAACUAUCACGAUAAAUGGGGUCCGAGCUUUUUGUGUGCGGGUUUGAUUGGGGCGGUGGCGAUUAGUUUCGCUUCUCGAUUGUCGAACGGCGGUGAGGGUGGUCUUAGAGGCCUUACGGCGCAGUUGUAGCAUGUGUGGCGCAUUGCCGCUUGUAUAACGUAUUGAGAUGGCAAAAGCGCGUGUAGAUCGCGGGUGGUGUAUAGAAGCAACCCUUGAUGAGACUCUGAAAGAUGACCUCCAGUAUACUGAUCUAUCGC